ACACAUAAUUGGCAGUAUUGAAUUGUCUUUUAAUUUGGAAAAAUAUUUCACCAAGUUCAAGCGCGACUUCACGUGAUUGCAAGUUAACUGUUUCACCCAAGUGAAUUGCUCCAAGUGAACUCCCGGCAUUUUUAUUUGACUUUACUGCAUUUAAUCAUAACGCAGUGCGCGCACAUCUCAGUUGUGUUUUUUUUUUUUUGCAUCUGCAUUUGCCCUUCACGUUUUUCCUUUUUUUUUCCCCCCUUUCGUUGAUAAAAAAUGGCCUUUACACACCUCUGCGGGGUCCAGGCAACCCAAAGGCCCUCCACCAUCAACACCUUCCUGACCAAGGCUCAACAUGACAUGACCCUAACUGCAGCUGACACCAGGGUUUUCAUAAAGAACAUAAAAACAGGCGUCACCAUGGAUCAGUUUAAAAAUUCCCUUGAGCAGUACGGAGCCAUGCAAGUUUACUUUUACGAACCUGGAGCUAAUGAUGACGGCUGGGCCUGGGUUGGAUUUGAGAGUAAGGAAGCUGCCCAAAGAGUUAUCGAAGAAUCCGAAAAGGCAAGAGAGCUGGAAGAGGCAAAUAAGCAAAAUAGCGAGAAUGAUGACAAUGGCGAAAACGGCGAGAAUAACGAAAACAACCCAAAGGACGAAGAAAAUGAACGCGGAGAUUCAAACAGCUUUUACGCUGAAAAUGAUGAUGAAAAUCAACAGAACGAGGAGGAAGAUGAAGACAGCGACGACUAUUAAUUUCGUUUCACCCAAAUUGCUAAAAGGAAGUGUCUCGCGUUUUUCAUCAGGCUUUUUCUCCCCUCACCC